AUGGUUAAAGGUACUGUAAAAAAACAAAAGAAAACUUUAAAACCAGUUACUAAAUUUAUUACCAUAAAUUUGAGUAAAUUAACUCAUAAAGUAUGCUAUAAAAGAAAGGCACCAAGAGCCAUUAAAGAAAUUAGAAGCAUAGCAGGAAAACUUAUGCACACUAAGGAUGUACGUUUAGAUGUAAAAUUAAACAAAUUUAUAUGGUCUAAGGGUGUUAGGAACCCACCAAAAAGAGUUCGUGUAAAAUUAGAAAGAAAAAGAAAUGAAGAUGAAGAUUCAAAGGAAAAAAUGUAUACUAUUGUUGAACAUGUAAUGGUAGAUUCAUAUAAAGGUUUAGUUAAUGAAUGUGAAGCAAACGAAUAA